AUGGGCGAUAAACAUUUACAAGACAUAUAUUUGCAUGCUUGCAUAAACCGUCAAGCACCAAAGCGAAAGCGACCUCGUACUGGCGAGAAAACAGAUAAAAAAGGUGGGAAGCAAUAUACAUAUACUUACAACAUAAAGCUAUCCCCAACUGAAAUGAUUCAUGUUUGUGCUACUGCUUUUACUGCUCUCCACGGUAUUGGUACCUCGAGAUUCAAAAGAAUUCGCAGUGUAACUGAUCUACUCCCACCCACAGAAGGAAGAGGAGGUCAUCAUGAACAUCCAGUUUUAAUUGCAGAUAUCCGACAGCAAAUUAAAGACCAAAUUGCCAGUUUUCCAAGGCGAGAAUCUCAUUAUUCUCGCAAAAACAACAGAAACAGACAAUAUCUCAACGAGAGUCUAACUGUGAAGAGGAUGUGGCUUUUGUAUCUUGAGAAAUAUGAACCGGAGCAGGGACUUUUGUACCAUAAUGAUAGGAAGUCAAUGGACCCACAGAAAGCUGUAAGAAAAGGACAGACUAUAUCUCAAGAGGAAUUGGAAUCUGAUUAA